AUGGCCGCGGCGUCGUCCUCGUCGGGUUCCUCCUUUACCUCUUCCUCCCUCGGCCGCCCUCCCACCUACAGCCGCUCCUACGCCAGUCCGGUCGACUCGACCUGGACGCCGACCUCCGGCAUUUCCACCAUCUCGGCGCCGUCCACGGGGGGCUCGGCAGCUCCCCAGACCUCGUUGCGCCACUUGGACCUUGGCCCGCCGGGCUACCAAGCAACAAUAACUCUUUUCCAAGAUACGCCCGACGAACGAACCGUCUAUCUUGGCCCGUGGGAGGUGGUGGGGUCGGAGCAACGCCGUGUCCUCUGGCAGUGCAGCUAUCAGAACGAGCUCCUCGAGCAUUAUUUGCCGUCGGACAUCCCUUCGGAGAUUCACCCUCAUACGCUCCACUCGCGCCACCGCCAAUACCAUGACCCCUCUGACAUGGAACGAUAUCUCACCUUUCCCGAGCCGCACCGCAUUCGCUACACGACCGAUGAGGGGGUCUGCAUCCACGACCAGUACAUACAAGUGAGAUACGAGUUUACCUCAGUCGAGGGGUCCAUCCAGUUCCAGGGCGAUGUGCGGAGAAGAGACAUGAUCAACUACUUCGACGUUGAUGUCGUCUGGACCAACGUCCACGGCCGCACUGACGGCUUCGGCAAGGUCAAGGGCAUCGGCGCAAUACAACGCCUCAAGAUGUGGCGCGACCGCUAUACCACUUUCCACUCCAUCAGCGUGCUUGCGAACAAGACGGACGGCCAGUACCGCGAGUACGACGUGCACCUGUUCGAAGGCGAACUGCGCGGCCGUGACGACCGCGCAAAGCAAGUUCGGCUCAACGUGCGGGGGCGAAGAGGGAGUGCGCCGGAUGAGAACAACCCUCAGCGCCGAUUUUCGUUUGCCCAGAGGGUACGCCCGCGGGUGCGAUCGACCGGGCAUGCGGGCCAUAGCCCGCAAGAGUCUCCGGGGCCGUCACAGGCAUCGGUAGACAUCAAACAUCUGUCGAUCCAGUUCAGCAGCCGCUCAGACUACCGACGAUUCUUGGAGGCGUGGGCAUACGCGCACAGCACGGAUCGAGAUUUUCAGGGCCUCCCGUUCCCUCCGAAUCACUUUGAGCUGCCGUCGCCUCAGAUGCUGCCAGGACAGGCGUCUGAGCUACCAUCGCCGGAGCUGUCGCGCAGCCUGGACCCUGUGCUGGAGCCGGAGGACCAAGAUCCGCGUGGCUGA